CAGAGCAGGAGCGAAAUUCUCCUGACCUCCUCUUGUCCAUCGAUCUUGUAUGCUGCUGCAGUGCUGCUUGCUUCAAUUCCAAUUCCAAUCUCCUCUGCUACCUACCUACCUACCUACCUACCUCUCAAUCCGCCUCUUGUCUUGAGUACUAGUACUAGUUCAGUUCAGUAGUGAGACUAGACUACACUCUAGCCUAGCCGGCCGGCGGCCUCCACCGAAAAUUUAUCAUAUCAGGAAUCGACUCCCUCCGUCAGUCUCUUUCUCUCUAUUAAUAUAUAUAUAUAGUGAGGCUCCUGAGCACAGGCAGCGCAGCGCACUGCACAUUCCUCAGCAAGUGAGGCAGAGUGAUGGAUUCGUCGUCGUCCGGCGGCGGGGACGACAGGUGGAAGCUGUCCAACAAGGGGCGGAGCAGAUCCGGCAGGCCGCACGCCAUGGCCAUGGCCACGGACGACGCCUCCUCCGCGGUGCUCAGCCGGAGCUACUCGGCCAGCGUCGUCAGCAGCAGCAGCAGCAGCAGCAGGAGUACACAAGCACAAGCAGCAGAGUCGUCGUCGCACUCGCGGCUGUCCAAGAAGAAAUGCGUGGAGGCCGUCAAGGAGCACCGGGCGCGCUUCUACAUCGUCCGCCGCUGCGUCUCCAUGCUCGUCUGCUGGCGAGACUACUAGCUACCACUCUACGUACGUAUCCAUCAUCUGCCGCCGAGCCUGAGCACCUGCUGCUGCUGCUGCAUCGACGACCAUGACGUACGCCAGACUUAUUGCCUAGCUUGGUUCCUCCAUGACUACGUACUUUGUUUGGUCCUAGUCCUAGGUAGUAGCUAGCCAUCAGGCAUUCUUCUUCCUUGUAGCUAAUUAAUUUUGUUUUAUUUCCAUUUAUUUAUUUGCUGCGUGCUGUCAAUUAGUAUUUCUUUUCUUGUGUACGUAAAGGAAGGAAGGAAGGAAGGAACGAAAGGCAUGGUUGGUGAUCCAUGCAUGAGCUCCAGAGCAGAUCAUGACUCUACUCCUCCUCCUCCUCCUCCUCCUCCUCCUCCUACUCCUACAGAAGCAGAGCGGCGGCAGAGCUAAUAGCUAGCUAGUACUCCGUAUCCGUCGUACGCACUACGUACUGGUGACAUGAUGCUUGCUUGAUCAGCUGUUGCAGUUGCAGGGGAUCCAAUAUAAUGCAGCAAUUGUUGCACGGUGACUCUCUCUCUCUCUCUCCCCUAUACUACUCCGUACUACGUACAGUAUGUAUCUCAAC